GGCGGAGCAUAUAGAAUAGAAUGUAAAGAUGAUGCUGAAGAUUUUCGGUCUCUUCUAUCUGCUAUGCAAGUUUUAGGAUUUACUUCCGAUGAACAGGAUACGAUAUUUCGUAUGCUAGCAGCAGUUCUCCAUUUCGGCAAUGUAUACUUUCACAGAAAACAGCUUAAACACGGUCAAGAAGGAGUAGAAAUUGGUAGUGACGCAGAAAUCAGAUGGGCAUCCCAUCUUUUACAAUUGUCAGUUGAUGGAAUUCUUCGCGCACUCACUACAAGGACAACAGAAGCUCGAAAUGAACGUGUUUUGACUGCACUCAAUAUUGAUCAAGCAUUAGAUGCCAGAGAUGCCAUUUCAAAAGCACUAUAUUCGAGCCUAUUUUCUUGGCUAGUGCAUAGAAUCAAUAAAAUAGUCUGUAAAGGUUCAAAGAAAACAUCAAUUGCUAUAUUAGAUAUAUUUGGUUUCGAGGAUUUCAAGGAAAACAGUUUUGAGCAGUUGUGUAUUAAUUAUGCGAACGAAACGCUUCAAUUUUAUUUUAACAAACACGUAUUUAAAUUGGAACAACAAGAAUAUGCUCGGGAAAAGAUCGAAUGGCAACCUAUUUCUUAUCAAGACAAUCAACCAGUGCUUAGUCUGAUAGCAAAGAAGCCAGUAGGGAUACUUUCUCUUCUCGAUGAUGAAAGUAAUUUCCCUAAGGCAACAGAUUUAUCUUUCCUAGAAAAGUGCCAUUACAAUCACGCUCUGAACGAUCUUUAUAGCAGACCUAGAAUGUCUUCCAUGGAAUUUGGUAUCAAACAUUAUGCUGGACAAGUUUGGUAUUCUGUAGAUGGAUUCCUUGACAAAAAUAGAGACACACUUAGAUCUGUAGUUGUGGAUUUAUUAAUCAGUAGCAAAGUUCCGGUAAGAAAUCAAUAUUUUUCAAACUUGUUUAAUUUUUAAUUUCAUUAAUAUACU